ACUCAACCUAUUUCCUCUCAGGUCAUCUACAGAGUCAUCUCAGCUGCCUCGAUCAUAUCGAAUAUAUCAGUUGGGGACUACAAUCUUUGAACACAAUGAUAAGAUAUCGUAGUCAGGAAUUCACUGACUCAACUAUAGCUGGCCCAACCAACUCGUGUCAUUGGGUGUUCAUGGCUUGCAAUCUACUUAUUUGCCUGUGUCUCAGGCAACGCUACAUCGGAGAGUCUUUGCUCCGAUUUGGAUCUCCCGGAUCGUGUGGGACCCAGUUGUGGGCAGAACGAUCAGUGCAAAUGGCAUCCUGAAGACUCAAGUGGGAAAUGUAAAACAGGUCGACAUUUGUUCUGCAACGAUCGUAAUCCAAUCGCGACACCUGAAGGGAAUCAUAAUUGCGGUUGUUCGUGCUAUAACAACCAGCGGGAAUAAGAAAGUUUCAAUCCACUCUGAACAGUGAGUGCUUCUAAGUGAAUUUGCAGAUCAGCCUUAAGUCCGUAACAACGAUGCCUCGAUUGUUUUCAUCCGACAAUCUCCUCAACCAUAUCAAUUCAACUGAUAGGUUCCUACCAACGUGAAGUUCAGUAGCUAUAGAAUCGAAAUUGGAUAGCC